UGAACAGAUAUGGACAUGAUACUUUUACAUUUUGUUAUGGAUUGUUGGCUCCAGCGUUGGUGACCGAAUAAGUAUGUUCGGAGCGGUACCGGUCCACCUGGUUGCGCACCUGGUCCCCCAGAGACGCACCUCCAAAGCGAGGCUUUGACUGCCCCCCUUCCCUCUGAUUACAGUCAUGUCUCCCACCAUGGUGGAGCAUAACACCUUGGAUGCCAUGUGUUUGAACAAAUACUGCAACAGCUCCUCCUCGUCGUCCAGCUCCGAGAACGACAAGAAGAUUCUGAGCAAGCUGAAGCUGAGCGUGUCAGAUGACUACCCGAAGAAGAACGCGGAGAUCUUGAGCGGACAGUAUGGGACCAACGUGCUGCUGAUCGGAGCGGCGAUCAUGCUGGCCCUGGCCCACCACGGACCAUCUGUCAAGGAGGAUCACCUGCUGUCCUUCAUCACCUGCCUCAUGAUCCUGCAGCUGGUCUGGAUGAUGUGGUACAUCCUGGUGAGAGACAGGCACAAGCACACGCGCACUGAGAAAGAUGUCCACGCCACCACGUGCUGGAUCAGAGGUGGUUUGACUCUUCUUGCACUCCUCUCAUUGAUUAUGGACGUGUUUCGAAUUGGAUAUUAUGUUGGUUAUCAAUCUUGCGUGUCGGCUGUCCUCGGGGUUUAUCCUGUCAUCCAUGCAAGUCAUACUAUAGCACAGGUGCACUUUCUCUGGUUUCACAUCAAAGAUGUCAUCAAGAGUUUUGAAACAUUUGAGAGAUUCGGUGUAAUCCACGCAGUUUUUACCAACCUCCUCCUGUGGUGCAGCGGUGUGAUGUCAGAAGCGGAGCACUUUUUGAACAACCAUAAAAGAAGGCUCUCUGCCCUGGGCUAUGGAAACCUCACUAUAGUUCAUACGGAGCCUCACUGCAACUGCACCACCAGCAUGUGCUCCAUGUUCUCCAGCAGCCUCUACUAUCUCUAUCCUUUCAACAUCGAAUACCACAUCUUUGUCUCCGCCAUGCUCUUUGUUAUGUGGAAGAACAUUGGCCGGACCAUUGACCUCUCUACAAAUCGGAAAAGACUUGCAACUAAAACCCAAGGUUUGACCCUAGGACCCAUUCUAGGUCUUGUCGCCUUUGCCAGCACUAUCGGGAUUUUGGUGGUUUAUAUAACGCAUGUGGAGGGGUCCCUCCAAACGCGGCGCUCUGCCAUUUCUAUGUUCUACAUUUAUGGCAUCGUCAUGCUUGUGUUUAUGUGCUCUGCCUGUGCUUCAGGUCUGCUCAUAUACCGAGCAGAUCACAUGCCACUGGACAACUCGAAGAACCCCUCCAGGCAGCUGGACACAGAACUGUUAUUUGGCUCCUCCAUUGGAUCCUGGUUCAUGUCCUGGUGCAGCAUUGUGGCUGUGCUGGGAGCCAAUAGCAGCCCCCCUUACCGCUGGACCAAUUUGACUUAUUCUCUGCUCGUUGUGUUGGAGAAAUGCAUCCAGAACCUCUUCAUCAUCGAGUCCCUCUACCGCCAGCAGGAAGAUGCUGGGGGGCGGGAUGACCCGGAGUUGACGACUUCACCGGAAAUCUUCUCAGUGACGUCGUCUUUGGCGCCAACUUUCAACGGCAUCUUCAACCGAGCCUACGACACUCCCGACAGGGCUUGUGUCGGCAUGGAGAACGAGCAGGAAGAGAACGGACGGGUGUACAGAUGUCCACGGAAACCCACUGACCACCCUCGGCCCUUUGGAAGCCAAGCGGUGAAAGCCCCAAAUAUUAAGAGACAAAUCCUGAAAAACAUUGCAGUCUUCUUAAUUAUGGGUAACAUCUCGCUGUGGAUCCUCCCUGCCUUUGGUUGUCGACCACAGUACGAAAACGGGCUGGAACAGGAGACCUUCGGCUUCAGCGUAUGGACUACAACCCUGAAUUUUGCGGUUCCAUUAAACCUUUUCUACCGCAUGCACUCGGUGGCUUCGCUAUUAGAGGUCUUCCGGCGGGUCUGACUGAGAAACAGACAAUGCACAGAAAAAAAACACUUGCCACUUGUUGGCUCCUGUGAGUGUUUCACAGCAUGGCUCAAACAUUCACCACUUGAAAGCAAGCCAUGGCUACACACAUGACAUCCUGUAGGUUUCUUAAUCUAAGGAUUAUUCAACAUAUUAACCUGUGUUCCUUGAAGUAUCUUGUACAGUGGGAGGUUUUUUUUAAAGACUUAGUAAAUAAAGAGGCUUUUAUGUUUUUUUUCUUUUUUAGUUAGUCUUGACUUGUUCGUCACCCUGUGACCCCACACAUUACGUGCACCCGAUUUGGUAUUGUCGACCUCAUGGUUUUAAAUACAACACGAUCUAAGAGCACUGUACUUUAUAAUAUGUGCAAUGUUGUAACUCUUUA